UAAUACGGACCCUGCAUCAGACAACAGAAGACAGUUUUUUCAUCUGAGUCGCUUAAAGUGAAGAAAACUCGGAAGAUUACUGACACAAUAAGCAAUAUGGUGAAGAGAAUUUCGAGUUCCUUCUUCAUCGCUGUUUUCAUAACGUGGAAUGCUUCUCAACUUCUUAUCAACGCUUACUAUUGGACAAAAAGAAGUGAAGGAAUUCCUGGAAGAGGUUUAAGCAACUCCUACGUAUUCAACAGCAGCACAGUACAAGAUGUCCAAGAAUGUUUUAUGAAAUGUUUUAAACAUUGUCUUUGCAUGUCAUUUCAAAUGUGUAAUGCCAAUAAAUGUCAGUUGCUAUCAAUCAACCAACACAUCACUCCACUAGAUAACACCAUGACACACUGCACAUAUUAUGGCAUCAGUGUAAUCAUCUCAAAACAGGUUAACGAAAGCAUCCCACCUCCACCACCUUGUCAACUAUUUUGUAUUGUUAACCCGUGUCAAAAUGGCGGACGUCGUGUUUCUUUCAUUCCUACGACAAAAACCUCACCUCGUUUCAAAUGUGAAUGUGCACCUGGAUACGUAGGAAAUCUUUGUCAAAACAUUGCUAGAUCAUGUCGUGACUACGCAAAAGGGACUCGAAAACCUGGAAUGUAUAAAAUAUACAAUAAACAGUGGCCAAUAUACGUGUUCUGUGAUUUUGACAAUGAUACUAGUAUGGCGUGGACACUAAUCCAAUCGUACUCUUAUCAACACAACUCGGUCUUUAAGAAGCUUCCAUUUUCUACCGACAAUCGUUUUAAUAUGCACCAUUUCAAAUGGACAGAAUACCGCCAUUCCAAAGCAUUAAUGACCUCCAUUAAAGAAGAAUCCACCAAAUUUCGUAUGACUUGUGACUAUGACAAAGAUGGUGUUGUGUAUCGUGACUAUCUACAAGCAAGUACUAAACAAAUCGAUAUUUUCCAUUCCAUUUCAGGUCAGUGUAAGUUCGUGGAUUUUGUUGAUGUUCGUGGGCAAAAUUGUAGAAAAUGUACGGUGAAGUUUUGGCAGGUUGAUAAUGUAGCUUUUCACGCGGACUCUUAUCACAAAAGCUGUGAUUUUGUUGCAACUGGAGGCCUACCUUGUGAUAAUAAUAUAGGAGAAGACAGUUUUGGCUAUUAUAAAUGCGUUAACAGUAAUCACAGAUGUACUUCAUCGUCAACUUCCACGUCCCAAGCUUGGUUAGGAGGGGAAUGAUCUAAGACACUACUAAAUAGUCAAUCGCACUAAUUCUUUUCACAAACAAGCAUUCAGUUCAUAUCUCACAAAAAACUAAAAAAUAGACAUUAAUUAGUCAACAGUUAUUUAUUACGGAUCAAGGAUUUUAAGAUUUUUACUGCAUGUCAUGAAAAAGAUUGUCAUUGAUCAUGGAAAAGCUUGAUUUCAUUGAUAUAGAAAACAUUUAUAAAUAUCUCAUUAAAUUUUUUUGUUUAACUGCUUCACCUUUACAAUGUCUUAAUCCUUUUGUGUCUUCCAUGAAUGAAAAUUAAAAGGGCAAAGAGCAGAUAAAUGCUAAAUAUUGUAUCUAUAUAUAAUUGAAAGACAGGAAAUGAUGGGGUAUUCAUUAUACAUGUAGCAGGAUUAUUAAAAGACUCCCCAACUACAGUUAUUACUUUGGAAAAG